AUGAUUAGACUAGCGACAGAAGGUGUGCAAAGCAUACUGGCCUGUCCCUGCCCAGUUCAAAGCUCAGGGGUCAGAGGUGAAUCCUGGGGCUACCUCUCCUAUUCAGACGUCCUCCUCUUGAACGAAGCCAAAUACGACGCGGCGAUUCGCUCGCUCUGCCCGGACAUGCUGCGGGAACACCACAGUGCGCAUGUCUGGGAGGCUCUGGCGCCAUGGCAACGUGAAAAUGAAGUGCUUUGGCUCGAGGAGCUCGCAGACGAAGCUCUGGCGUCCGACGACAUGAUCGCUUUGGCUGAGCUGCCGGGAGCGUUUACGAUCUACAGGUUCAGAUCUUAUCCUGAGCCCAGAGACGAGUGCUUCACAGCAGUUUCUCUCUUGUAUAAAUUAAACGCAUGUCGUCGACAAGAGAGGGAAGAGCUAACGGCCUUAGUUGAGAAGCUGGACGAGUCGGGCCUCAGGCUGUUGUGUCUGCACAUUCGAUCGGCAACCCUGAGAGCCCAAAGAGAGAAAAAAGUCUUCAGUGCAUAUUUGGCAGUCAGACAGUCCUGGGGGGCGUGGCCGCUCGUUCACAGUCCGUGCAGGGAAGAGCAGGCAGCCGCGUUACUACGCAGUGAUGACCACGCGCAAGAGCACAGGACGGACUUCAACUCGCAGUCGUCCCGGCAGGCGUUACUGCAGUUGCUGGUGCUGACUCAGCAGCAGGAGAGGAAGCAGCUGGUCCGCUUGUUACGUGGGGUCACUUUGGAGGAGGUCCAAAGACCAGUUCCCACAGACUCUGCUAAAACCAGUUGUAUAAAGAAGCUGCAACAAAUCUGCUCCACCAGUGAGAAUCAACCCCAGCGUGACAUCAGCGGACCCCCGACAGAGUGGUCGCAGGGCCAGCUGGAACGAGCCAGCUUGGUUCUCUUAACGCAGUUCCUGGAGAUGCAGGAGAGGCAGACAUCCGCAUUCCUUUCGGCACUGUUGGAUGAGAAUGAGCAUCCGCCAGUGCUGACACCCGAGUACCGAUCCAGACUCGGAGCAGAGCACCUGCGCUCCAACCUGCUCCAACUCCUCAAUCCAGAUUCCUCGUUUUCUAAUUCGAGCAGUCCGGAGCAGGUCCCGCACCAAUCCUGCUCUAGGGGACCCGCAGAGGCCCAGAACCUCAGUGGCUCUCAGACAGGAGCAGACGCGAUCAGCGCAAAACCUCACCGAGUCCGAGCUGAAGAUGUACCUGAUCAAGUACCGGAUAGGAGUAAAACUGAUGGCGAAGGGGGGGAGGAUGAGGAAUGGGCCAGCACGACAAAGGAGGAGGAACAGGACUCGCUGAUCCCUCUGGCUUGGAGCACACAGCUUGAGAACGACACAGGUCAGAAGGGGGUUCCUGCGCAUGCUGUUGCGGACCAGAUGCGGCACCCUGACGAGGGUGCCCCAGCCGUACGCGCACUCGGAGCGAACCGUGAAGAAGAGUUGAACCGGCCUCAACUUGCAGAGCGACACUGCGGCCCGCAGGAGCUUCACCUGGAAGAGAGGCCAAAUAACCAAAACGGCCGCCACGCAAACCUGGUGCGAGGACAGCAGGCCUUGCUUGACUCUCUGGAUGUGAAGCCGGCUGAGGAGGAAGGAGACAUGUGGAAGGACCUUGGAGCUCCUGAGCCCAUCCCUCAGGCCACAAGGCACUGCAUCAUAAAUGAGAGGAAUUACCUGAAGGCGCCAAAGGAACGCAUCCAAGCAACGGAACCAGUGUCUGCAGUGGAGAGAGAAAAGACCGUGCGUAAGCUGGUGGAUGUGCACCGCCGGGUGGAAAGGAAGCAGCAGAGAAACCGAGAGAGACAGCAGCUGAGGGUCCGGGAGCGUCUCUCCAUCAUCCAGAGCAAAAAGGGAGACGAAGAUUUAGUUGGCCCCAAGUACACGGAGAAGAUUAGAAACCUCAGUAAAGACCUCCCACAAGAGGACAAGAGUCAGCACAAGACGAUGGUCAGAGAGCAAUUGGAGACGCUCAGAAGGGAAAGAUCUUUCAUCAUGCAGUGCAGAAGAAAGAGGAACACCGCAGGCUUCAAGGAACUCCUGGGUCCAGUGAAUCUCCAAAGCAGAGAAACGGAAGACAUGCUGGACCAAGAUAAUAACAUACAAUGAGAGUCUUGCUAAAAGUCGAACCAAAAAAACAGCGCUG